CGAGACUCGGCAUGGCACAUUUAAAGGAUGUGUGACGUGCCCACUCGAUCGAAGCACAGGAGCAUCUCCCUCUUGUCUAACUUUCUGGCAGACUUCAGGCACACAGAAAUAAAACAGAAUUGGGCACCACAUGGAAACGGACAAAACCCAAGUGCCAGUUGGAAGCAUAGUGCCAAACUACAGCAUGGCAGACCAAACGACGGCACAGUAUCCAUCGGCAAGGGGUGACCAAGAGAACGACUAUUGGAAGCAUGCCACGCCACUCCAGACCAGCCAAGGAAACAAUGCCACGGUGUACCCCAAUUCCCAGUACGACUCAGGACACCAGUAUGGAAACUUUGUACAAGAUCCGGGUCCUGCAGGGGUCGACGCGCCCCCCGCGUAUUCCAAUAACCUUCCUGACAACUGCUUCACGGAGAAGACUGUCAGACGAGCUUUUAUCAGGAAGGUCUACUUAACGCUGAUGGUUCAGAUUGCCAUUACAGUUGGCAUCAUCUGCAUGUUUAUUUAUUGGGAAACACCCAAAAUGUGGAUACGGGCUCAUUCCUGGUUUACUUUCGCAACCUUUCCAGCUGCCUUUGUUCUAAUCAUCGUCCUGACUUGCUGCUCAGAUAUCCGUCGGAGGGUCCCUCUGAAUUUCGUCUUUCUGAUUCUAUUUACUGCCGUGGAAGGUUUGAUGCUGGGAUCCACAGCUGCCUUUUUCCAGGCUGAUGAAGUGAUGUGGGCAGUGGCCGCGACGGGGAUUGUCUGCUUCAGUCUCUCUAUAUUUGCAUUGCAGACCAAGUGGGACUUCACCACUUUGUCUGGAAUCAUUUGGGUUUUUCUGUGGACUUUAAUUGCAAGUGGAAUUCUCUUUGCAAUAAUCCGCAGCCGGUGGCUUUCCAUAGUUUAUGCCGGAAGCGGAACGCUGAUCUUUUCUAUCUACCUGGUCAUCGACACUCAGAUGAUGCUGGGAGGAAAACACAGAUACUCAAUCGAUCCCGAGGAGUACGUCUUCGCAGCUCUGAAUCUCUAUCUGGAUAUAAUUAACUUGUUCCUGUUCAUACUGCAGAUAAUCGGACUUAGCAAGUAGUAUUUGUGAGGUCACGGCCUUGUAAUCGGUGACCAUUACAGCCGGUCAUUGGCGUCUUGCACGAUUGUUUUUUCUUCAGAGGUUGUUGUUUUUUGCUUUCUUUCUUUUUCUUUUAUCAGUCAUGUUGUUUUCACUUCUGUUGAUCGAGUUUGAAAAGACAAAGACUUUCGAAGCUUCACCCUAAUCGUGUGUUCCCUAAUAUUUCUUCACAACUAACACGGUGCUUAAAGUAAGACAUAACAUUUUCAAGUCUGCUUGAUGACUUUGGACCCAAACUUAUCCGAGCUGCUUUAGGAACAGAGUGGGAUAUAACACUAGAUAUUCUAGUCCAUCAUAGGGUCCACUUGCGC